UCCUCGCCGGUCGGGCGAAUCCCUGGCUUCCUGCUCCGCUUCCGAGCGGCAAGAGAAGAUGGCGGCUGCCCGCUGCUGGCUGUGCCUGGCGUUGGUGCUCUGCGUCUGGCUGGUGGCUGCGGAGGAGCCGAAGAAAAGCCCCGACAAGCCGGCGAGGAAGAAGAAAGACAUUCGGGACUACAACGAUGCCGACAUGGCGCGGCUGCUGGAGCAGUGGGAGAAGGAUGAUGAUAUCGAAGAAGGAGAUCUUCCUGAGCACAAGCGUCCAUCUGCACCAAUAGACUUCUCCAAGAUUGACCCAGGCAAGCCUGAGAGCAUCUUGAAAAUGACCAAAAAGGGGAAAACUCUCAUGAUGUUUGUCACUGUUUCAGGAGAGCCAACUGAGAAGGAGACGGAGCAAAUUACAAAUCUGUGGCAAGGAAGCCUUUUCAAUGCCAAUUACGAUGUACAGAGGUUCAUUGUUGGUUCAAACCGUGCCAUCUUUAUGUUGCGUGAUGGAAGCUAUGCCUGGGAGAUCAAAGACUUUCUGGUAAAGCAAGAGAGAUGUGCAGAUGUCACUUUGGAAGGUCAAGUGUACCCUGGUAAAGGAGCCACACAGGAAGAAAAAAAUAAAUUGAAGCCUGGAAAAUCUUCCAAGAAAAGAGAUGCAGAUGUGAAACCUGGAACUGUUACAGACAGCAACCGUGCAAGCAGAGGAAGAGAAGAACUCUGACAAAUGAUGUGGACUGAAAUACUGUAAAAGAGGGCAGAAAGCGGUUUGGCAGUGGGGUUGGUUUUACAAGUUUCAAAGUUAUGUUGGUUAAGGAAGCAGUUUACUUAUUAAUGAGAGGCAUUCCUUUAGAAACAGAGUCAAUGGUUAAUGGCUGAGAGUUGCUUACAUUCCACUGUUAAGCCUGGACGCCUUGCCAUUUAGUAUUAUGAACUUUGUCCAGCGGAUGAGAAGGGUGGUCAGGCGGGUCUCCAGUUGGAGUGCUGACUUCCAAAGCAGGUAGCAUUGCAGACGACUCAAAAUAAUAGGUAGAAGGAGAAGCAACACUUAGAGUGCUUCUGAUUUUUCAAUAUUUUGAUUAAUCCAAAUUAACAAUACAUUUUCAGUCAUUGGUCUUAAAAUCAGUAGCUUGAGAUUGCCACUGAUUAUACCAGAACAGAUUCACAGAGACGGUUUUUAUCUAUGUUGAUUUGUCUUUAACAUGCUGGUCAUCCAGUGUUUCCUAUUGAAAUGGAAAUAAAACUUUGUUACUUAGCUAAUCAGGCUAGGGGAUUGCCACACUAAACAAUCAGUUCGUCUACUCUGUCAUUCAUUGAAGUAGGAUAAACUGGGAUGAAAGAAGAAGCACCACAGAUGCAGUUCAAUUAAUUGCAAAAACAAGAUGUGUGAGAAUAUAACCAAAUGGUUUUUCUGUGGUAAACACAUCCAUGUGAGUGGAUAUAUGACAGGCGGUGUUGAUUUCUUCCAAAAUGUUAACUGAAAAAAGCAAAGUUCAGUUCAACUUUGUGGCCAUUGUAUUGAAUUUCAUUAGUUGUUACUAUCUUGUAUUCAGCUGAAUGGACUGUUGAGUGUUUGUGGUGCCAUGGAAAAUGUGCAGUACUAAAAACAGCCAUGGCAGAUUUUUUUUUAAAGGAUUUUUUUAAAAGAUAACUGAGGAAAAGUUGCUGUUACUGUGAAUGCUUCCUCCAAAACUUCAAUAAAUUUCUAUACUUUUUUCAGAACA